AUGGGUUUUUUGAACUGCUAUGUGCUUUUUCUCACUGUACUUGUGGUCUUUAAUAUCUCCCUGCUAUGUGGUGCUGAUCCCACAGAUGGAUUCACUGAAGUGCCAUUAACAGCAGCUAAUUUUGAAAUCCAGAGGCCUUAUAAUGUACCUCUUGAAGAGCGCUACAGUUUUGAAAAUGGCGUUCGCCGGUUGUGGGUUUUUGCCGAUGAUAAGCCACACAACCCCAGCAGCCAUACACAGCCCCGCACUGAAGUUCGCUUUCAUGGGCUUGACUAUUCUUCAGGAGUAUGGCAAUUCGAAGGCUAUGGUUUUGUGCCAAACGGCACCACUGGUCCUUCCAUAGUGCAAAUCCAUGGUGCAGCACAUGACCCAUCAACAAUCAUACUAAGGAUAUAUGAUGGAGACAUGAGAUACUACAGUGGUGAUCUGAUUGCCACUAAUAUGUAUGAUAAAUGGUUUAGGGUUAACUUAAUCCAUGAUGUGGAUGGAGGAAAGGUGACAGUUUUUCUUGAUGGAGUACAAAAAUUUGAGACAAACGAUCGAGGGCUUGCUCAAUUUUAUUUCAAAUGUGGAGUUUAUGCAGCGCUCAGUGAUAUAAGCUACUAUAUGGAAUCAAGGUGGAGAGACAUCAAAAUUUACAAGAAGUGAUGUUGAAGAAGAAGAAGAAACCGCGAGUUUGUUUCAGUUGAUUCCAGUAAAUGUGAGGUCUCUUAAGGUGUACUGGUGUACUUAUGUAUAAU